CGAGUUUGACGCCAACCAACCACAUUCUGCAGGAAGAAGAAGAAGAAGAAGAAGAAGAAGAAUCUAUGGUAGCAGGUAGCAGGUACCUGCUUCGUAUCUGUUGCUACUGCUCUCUCAGGCGAAAGCUACAGGAUGGCACAGCUGGGUGCCAUAUUCUCCAUAAUCGCCGCUCUGGGGGGAGCAGCUCUCCUCGGCUCCGUGCACAAGAUCGAUGAGGGACACACCGGUGUUUAUUACAGAGGAGGGGCUCUCCUAACCACCACCAGCAGCCCUGGGUUCCAUCUAAUGCUUCCAUUUAUCACCACCUACAAGUCUGUUCAGACGACGUUGCAGACAGACGAGGUGAAGAAUGUACCGUGUGGCACAAGCGGAGGAGUGAUGAUUUACUUUGACCGCAUAGAGGUGGUGAACUUUCUCGUCCCGUCAGCAGUGUUCGACAUAGUGAAGAACUUCACGGCAGACUACGACAAAGCUUUGAUAUUUAACAAAGUUCACCACGAGCUCAACCAGUUCUGCAGCGUCCACUCGCUGCAGGAGGUCUACAUCGGCUUGUUUGACCAAAUUGAUGAGAACCUGAAGUUGACGCUGCAGGAGGACCUGACAUCCAUGGCGCCCGGACUCAUCAUACAGGCGGUCCGAGUGACAAAACCCAACAUCCCAGAGAGCAUUCGCAGGAACUACGAGCUCAUGGAGAGCGAGAAAACGAAGCUGCUGAUUUCUCAACAGACACAGAAGGUCGUGGAGAAGGAGGCAGAAACGGAGAGGAUCAAAGCUGUGAUAGAGGCUGAGAAGGUGGCACAAGUGUCGGAGAUCAAGUUUGGACAGAAAGUCAUGGAGAAGGAAACCGAAAGGAAGAUCUCUGAAAUUGAAGACAGCGGUUUCCUGGCCCGGCAAAAAGCCAGAGCGGAUGCAGAGUUCUACACGUCACAGAGAACUGCAGAGGCCAAUAAGCUGAAGCUAACGCCCGAGUACCUCCAGCUAAUGAAGUACAAGUCCAUCGCAGCCAACAGCAAGAUCUACUUCGGCAACGACAUCCCCCAGAUGUUUGUGGACUCUGGCUCCGCGGGGAGCUCCAUCACGGCCUCCGCGGUGGACAUCGUCGCCGAGCAGAUCCUGGACCUGGAUUAGUAGGGGACCGCCCGGGCCGAGUGGAAAGGACUGUCGGGCCGGAGGGCGGGGGCGCACGGCCCCCACUGACUGGAGACGCGGCCCUCUGGCUCGGAGAAUCCCCGCUGACCAACAUCUGUAAUUCUCAAACACUUCGGAUUAACUGCCAGAAAGCCCCAAUGUAAGUACGACUAGGAUGUAAUCUGCUCCGAGCCGAGGAUAGAGAAUGAGAUUAUCUCGGAAGAGUAGUGAAUAAUGUGGAAGGAAGACCACUCAAAAGAGCAUCUUCUGUGGGUGAAUCAUUAAAAUACUUUCAAAUUCCUUUAACGUAAAACCACCGUUUUGUAGCAACUGGCCCAGCUGUUGCUCAGCUCCUCGUAUCCAUCGUCCCGCGUUCAUUUAGCCACAACGUGGAGGAUCACGAAUCCGUUACACACGAGUGUGUGUUCAGAUCAGUUCUCAUCAAGCAUUUGAAUAAGUGACAUUUGUUCACCGGUGGUGAAAUAACUGUUAGUUCAUCUUUUAGGUGCAAUAAAUUCAAGCUUGGUUGUUGAUCCAUGAAUUGUUGAAUUGGCUGUUUUCUAACCCCUGUCCGCUAGUUUUUUGUUUGUUUUUUUAAAACAAAGAAAACAAUGGCAUGAUUAAAAUCAGUUCUUUCUAAAGUGAUGGCUUUCUGAUUUCAGUAGUAAAAAGAAAUAACGGCCUCUCAUUUCUGUCUGCUGACUCACUAUUUUUAGCGUUUUUUGCUAGCUAGAUAAUGAAGCUAACGCUAGCUCCACGUGGUGGUUGGAAAAAAACGCCUUUGUCCAUCGGACUUUUAAAUGUUUACAGCCGACUCCUUUUAAAAACAAGAAUAUUGGCAAAGGGAUCCUAAAUAUUCACUUAAUUAAUGACUAAAGCCACAUGGUGCACAAAGUCAUCAGCCGUGGUCGGUGGUGUGCUAACUAUUUCCCUCAGAAGUAAUGCUACUGUUGGUAGUAAACUAGUUAGCUCGAUAUGUCAACAAUCACAACUUAUUGGAGUACAAAUGCAUCCAUUUCUUGACUUUGGCGAUCUUACCAACCUUUUUCAAAAGCGGCAUAUGACCUCUUCAGAAAGCUUUUAAUCCAAGACAUGAAUCCACUGCUUCCCAAACGUUUGAGAGAAAGCUGUGCAGCUAUGACUCGUUUUGGGAAGUUCCUUAACUGUUAAUACUGCUGAACUGCAGAUGGUAGACUGUGAUUUCUUAGUGCUUUAUGAGUACAAGCCAGAGUAGUUAAUCCACCAGGAUGAAGACUGUUCCGUGUCGUAGCUGCUGCCGGUCAGAUUUUCAAUGUAUCACUCCAUUUCUUCGCUUUGUCUCAGUAUAUUAAAAAAAAAAAAGUUCUGGGCACAUGUUAAAUAUGAAAUUGAAUUUGUCUAACUGUCUGAAGUUGUAUCACAUGUAUCUAGCACUUUGUUUAGUCACUGUACAGUCAGGGGAGAGAGAUUUGUGCAGGGGUGAGCUUUGAUCCAAACACGGUGCCCUUUGAAACGUUUGAUUUGGAUUGUGACAAUAAAAGCUUUUGUACUCAA